CCCUGAUAGCUACAGCUCUCUCUGUUUGGCUGAACCUUCUCACAGAGUAGCAAACAUCUUUCCUCCAAGCUAAGAUGCUUGAUGCAGUAAUGGAUGCCGUUCAGGGUUUUGGUGUGGACAGCACCCACUACCUGCAAACCAACUAUGGGGACACCCAAGGGUUGUUUCUCUGGGUCUCCUGGGCAGCGGACCUCAGGAACACCUUCUUCAUCUUCUUCCCAAUUUGGGUUCACUUGAAGGCCUCGGUGGCCAUCAAGCUCAUCUGGGUGGCUGUGAUUGGAGACUGGUUGAAUCUGGUGUUCAAAUGGAUUUUGUUCGGAGAGAGGCCGUACUGGUGGGUCCAUGAGACGGCGCAUUACGCCAACAAUGCUCGCCCACAUAUUGAGCAGUAUCCCAUGACCUGCGAGACCGGGCCAGGCAGUCCUUCUGGACACGCCAUGGGAGCUGCAGGAGUCUACUACACCCUGGUGACCUCCAUUCUCGCCAUUCUCACCAGCAGGACCCAACAGAACAGCAAGCCUUCCUCAAACAAAGACUGGUACCUGAAGGCUGGCCUAUGGUCCUUGUUUUGGGGAGUCCAGGUGUGCGUCUGUCUCUCGCGGGUCUUCAUUGCAGCUCACUUCCCCCAUCAGGUUGUUGCUGGUGUCAUCACAGGCAUGAUAGUGGCUGAGGCAUUCAACAGAACCCAGUGGAUCUACAGCGCCAGCAUGAAGAAAUACUUCUACACUACACUCUUCCUGACCUCCUUUGCUGUUGGCUUCUACCUCUUGCUCAAAUCUCUGGGUGUGGACCUGCUGUGGACCCUGGAUAAAGCCCAGAAGUGGUGUGCCAGGCCCGAGUGGGUCCACCUGGACACCACGCCCUUCGCCAGUCUCCUGCGCAACAUGGGCACUCUGUUUGGCUUGGGUCUGGGCCUGCACUCUCCGCUCUACUCUGAAACCAAAAGAAGUAAUAGUGCCACCGUCAAAGCAGGGUGCAUCAUCAGCUCUUUGGUCCUACUGCACCUGUUUGACUCCUUCAAGCCCCCCACUCACACUGCUGCUCUGUUCUACCUGCUGUCCUUCUGCAAAAGUGCCACUGUCCCUCUGGUCACAGUUAGCAUUAUUCCGUACUGCGUGAGCAGAGCUCUGACCUCACAGGGAAAGAAGUUUAUGUGAUCUCCUACUGUAAAGACUGAAGAGUUGAACUUUAAAGACCUUUUCUCACAACUUUUCUGGUGCUUCUUCCCUUACCACGACCCCCGGAGACCACCUAAGAUGAAUCUGCGUUCUGUGCAGAGGCUAAACUGAAGACUGGGUGACACUUGCUGAAACUCUGGAAGCUCUGGGACUUUCAAAAAUGAAUAGUAUUGAAUUUAUCAGAAGGCUGUAAUGACAGUUGGUGCAAAACUGGAGAAGCUGCAAGGUUUUUAUCACAACCAUACAUAUCUUAUUGCAUUGUUAUAUUGUAUUUUUGUAUGUAUUAGAAGUUAUUUUUGAAUAAAAAAGUAAAUGGAUCUUGUUUUA